AUGAAAACUGCGGAAAGAGCCCAUCUGCCAAACAAAUUAUGGGAGAGAGUCAAACUACCCAGGAAUUAUGAGCAAGCAAUGGAAGUCAUCAAAAAACAUCUCGAACAUUGGCCGGAGCUACUUGUGCACAAGAUCAAACAACGCCUGACAAAAAUGACUCAGUAUCGCAUAAGGAUGAGGAGACUUCAACUUAAAGUGAGAGAGAAGAUAAUGACCGUCCCCAGGAGGAAGACUCAGCGCGAUCUCCAAAGAUUAGAGAAAGCUGAAAAGGCUGCUCAACUAGAGAAGAGUAUUGAAAGAGAACUAAUAGAGCGUCUGAGGAAAGGUGUUUAUGGUGGUGAAAUUCAUAAUGUCCCCCUCAAGCAGUUUGAUACUAUCCUUGACAUGGAAAAGGAUGAACUGGCUCCUGAGAUAGAAGAGGAAGAAGAAGGUGAGAUAGAGUAUGUUGAAGGUGCUGAUAUCGAGAUGGAUGAAAUGGAAGACAUGGAAGACUUUGAAGGCUUCGGUGGAGAAGAUGAUGAUGGAGAUGAAGAUGAUGGCCUGGAUGAGCCAUUAACAAAGAUGCCCAAGAGAUCGGGCUUCGAUAUAAGGUCAAAGAUUGGUCGCAAGUCUACGAAAGUAAUCACCGAGGUGGAACAAGACGAAAACAGGAAUAUCAGGCUAAGGAUGCAGAUGUGA